AUGUCCAAAUUACUGGAACGAAGUGUCGCAUGGCUGCUGCAGAAUCGCAGAGGCCACGACGCUGGCCUCAUUCACAAAUCCGCACCCUUUUCUAAACUCCCCGACUCAACUAUCGUUCUGGAAUGCAACCUGGGACCCUCAGGGUCUAACAUCCCAACCGAAUACAGCUUCUUCCAACGGGGCCUCUUUCCAACCCUGCAAUGGCCGGCACAGGAUGGAGCAGUCGAGUAUUUGCUUGUCGUCGAAGAUCCCGACGCACCUCUCGAGAACCCCGUCGUGCAUGGCCUGUACUACGGUAUCGCGGCGACAACAACACAAUUGACGAACGAGGACUUUGAAGUGGUCGGAGAUGGAUGCGCGUUCACCCUUCGCGGCGACUUCAAAUAUGGUUUAAAUCGCCACAAAAGUGUCUAUAUUGCUCCCAGGGGCUUGCUUGGUCAUGGUCCUGAUCGGUACUUUUAUCAACUUGUUGCAUUGCGAGAAAAACUUGAUAGGAGCAAGUUGAGUACUCCGGCUUCCAAGGAGGAGAUCAUUCAGCAGAUUGAAGGAAACGUUAUUUCUUGGGGGGUUUGGCAGGGGAUAUGGGAGCGGACGGAGUGA